CUUGUUAGUUUCACAAUCAGUGGGAAAAAGCUGCAGCAACAUCCCGUCACCGCCCAGCUCUGUGAAAUAUACAGCUGAAAGCUUUUCAGAAGCCUGGAAAAAAUACAAAGGGAACCAAAAUGGAUGCACUGACUUCUGCGAACACUACCUUUUCACUUGAUUUAUUCAGAAAAUUAAGUGAAUGUAACCCCACAGGGAAUAUUUUCUUCUCUCCAUUAAGUAUCUCAGCUGCAUUGGCCAUGAUUUCCAUAGGAGCUAAAGGUAAAACAGCCGAACAAGUAUUAAAGGUUUUACAUUUUGACGCUGUAAAAGAUGUCCAUUCCAAUUUCCAAACACUGAAUGCUCAGAUUAAUAAGAAAUCUGGUUCUUCAUAUACACUGAAUCUUGCUAACAGACUAUUUGGUGAAAAGACAUUUGACUUCUUACCUGGAUUUUUAUCUUCGCUGCAAAAUCUGUAUGAGGCAAAACUAGGCACCGUUGACUUCUUAACUGCAUAUGAAGCUGCUAGAAAAGAAAUCAAUGCUUGGGUUUCAGAACAAACAAAAGGAAAGAUUCCAGAACUGUUAACUGAAGGAAGCGUGGAUGCAACAACCAAAUUAGUGCUAGUGAAUGCUUUAUAUUUCAAAGGUGACUGGGCUGAAAAAUUUAAUGUUGAACAAACAACUGAAGCUCCAUUCAGGCUAAGCAAGAAUGAGCAGAAGACAGUAAAAAUGAUGUAUCAGAAGAAAAAGCUUCCCUUCAACUAUGUCCCAGAAAUUAACAGUCGUAUCCUAGAGCUUUCAUAUAUGAAUAAUGAACUCAGUAUGAUUAUUAUGUUGCCUGACAGCAUUGAUGAUGAUACCACUGGGUUACAGAAGCUUGAAAGGGAGCUGACUGUUGAAAAGUUCCAGGAGUGGACACAACCAGAACAUAUGAAUCAUAUUGAUGUCCAUGUACACCUGCCAAAGUUCAAGCUGGACGAUAGUUACAAGUUGAAACCGAUAUUAUCUACACUAGGAAUGGUGGAUAUCUUUAAUGCAGGUAGUGCAGACCUCUCAGGAAUGUCAGGAUCCCCAAAUCUUUUCCUGUCUGAGGUUGUCCACAAGACAUUUGUGGAGGUGAAUGAAGAAGGCACAGAGGCAGCUGCUGCUACUGCUGGCAUGAUCAUGUUGAUGUGCCUGCUACCCGAAGAGGAAUUCAAAGCUGAUCACCCCUUUCUCUUCUUUAUCCGUCAUAAUAUUACUAGGAACAUACUUUUUGCUGGCAGAUAUUCUUCACCUUAAAAUUGCAAUUAAAAUUGUUAAGUAGCUUCUGUU